AUGGCUACCGCACUUGAGGAGAAGGCUUAUUCGCCCGAAGUGGGCGAGUCUCAGGCACAGAAUGGCUUCACGGCUGAAGAGGAGAAGCAAGUCUUGAGGAAGAUUGAUCGGGUCAUUUUACCAAUGAUGUGCUUUGUCUUUUUCCUACAAUAUCUAGACAAGCAAUCGCUAUCCUAUGCUGGCGUAUUCGGUCUCAUCACCGAUUUGAAAAUGACCAGUAGUCAGUAUUCAUGGUGCAGCUCCAUCUUUUACGUCGGCCAAUUGGUCUCCGAGUAUCCCUUUAUCUAUCUCAUGUCGCGGCUGCAUAUCAACAAAUUUGUAGGUACAACAGUAUUUAUUUGGGGCAUCAUCUGCAUGUGUCUCGCCGCACCCCAAAACUUCGCCGGCUUCGCCGCAGUCCGCUUCCUACUCGGAUUCGCUGAAGGCGCUGUCUCCCCUUCUUUCAUCACCAUGACUGCAAUCUGGUACCGCAAAUCAGAGCAUAGUUCCCGCACUGCGCUAUGGGUUACCAUGAACGGCGUUGCGCAAGUCAUUGGUUGUCUUUUGAUGUACGGUGUCGCGAGAAACUCUUCCCUGUCGCUCCAGCCCUGGAGGACGUUGUUCCUGAUUUGUGGCGCGAUUACAUCCAUGGCUGGAAUUGCGUUUUAUUUCUUGAUCCCUAAUGGUCCCAAGGAUGCCUGGUUUUUCACUCCCCGUGAAAAGGAGGUCAUGGCACUCCGCAUGGCGGCUGAUAGGGAAGGAGGCGACAAGACGAAUUUCUCUAUGGCCCAACUCAAGGAGACAUUGCUCGACCCAAAGGCAUGGUUCGUCUUUUGGUUCGGCGUGCUGGUCACCAUGCAAAGCCCCGUGUUGACUUUUGCGAGUCUCGUCAUUAAGAGUCUGGGUGCGGACAAGUUUCAGACCAUCCUGUAUACGGCGCCGUCGGGGGCAGUUCAGAUUUUAUUGCUGUGGAUUGGUGUCUUGCUUUGCUAUUUGGUGCCCAGAAACCGGACCGCGGUUGCUUUUUGUCUUUGCAUUCCGCCUCUGGUCGGUAAUGUGUUGUUGAUGAAGUUGACGGUUUCUGCGGGAUGGGGGUUGAUCGUAGCAUCAUGGCUGUCAUCCUGCAUCACAGCACCAUGGUCCAUCCUGCUCUCCCUGGCAGCGUCCAACUCCAAGGGAAACACAAAGCGCGCCAUCGUCAACGCCAUGUUCUUCAUCGGCUACUGUGCUGGCUGCAUCGCUGCGCCUCAACUAUGGACUCAUGGACCCCGGUACUUUUCCGGCGUUGUCACUUCCAUCGUCACAUGGUGUCUCUUGGCAACCGUCGUACUGGGUUAUUGGUACGUGUGCUGGAGGGACAAUAAGAGCAGAGAUGCAGAGGAGCUAGAGCAGACUGAUUCAGACGGCGGAAUGGCUUUGGAUGAGAAUGGGUUGCCGGUGGGCGAUAUGACGGAUAAGGAGGACCGGCAUUUUAGAUACAGCUAUUAG